AGAGGCCCCACCAGGAAUAAAAGGUACAAAUAACAGAAACACAAGCAUGACUAAUUUAGACAAAUAUAAAACGGAUAUACAAAUACAUAACCUCUGUACACAUAUAUACUGUGGAUCUGCCAUAAUCAAUCGCUAUCGUUUGGCCAGGAAUCACGUGGCGCGCAGGCUGUACACAAGCCAAACACUGUGUGUGAAGAUGUCCAUCAACGAGAGCUGACUUUAACGUCAUUGUUCUCAGGCACUCCCUCUGUUCGAUGAUUGGACGCAAAAAAUGUGGACGGAGAAAACCCACCAACAUACCGCAGACCCAGAUGUAGUACUGAAGGGAGGGCGCGUUCCAUACAACCCGUAACCCGUGUUUUCACAACCUUAUACCCGUGAAAGUGCCCGCGAACGGCAGUCAAACCCGCACUUCAUUAGGCCUACUCCUGAACUCGUACCAGAUCGAUUACUUCUACUUCCAGCUUGUAACUUACAGGCCAAAAGUGUCCCUGGAACGCAGCAAUAUUACGUAUUCCUUUGCCUGUGUCUUGCUGCUUGCGGCAACGAGUCACAUGGCGGACCUUACGGCUGAACACUAAAUCGACCGUAACCGUCGCCUGAAUGGGCUCCUUUGACGGCACUGGGGACCUAUAAAAGCCUGCCUAACUCUUGGCAACUAGAUGCGAGCAUGCUGCAGAGCGGCAGCGGCGACCGAGCGCAGAGGUAAUCAAUCCGUCCGUCACCGUCACCAUCAACAUCCCCAUCUCCAUCACCAUGGCAACGGACGCGUCAGCCGGGCAGAUCGUCGCCGUGUUUACCGCGUUCGUAUGCGUGGCUCUCCUGCUUCUCGUCGCAAGCCGCCGCCGGAGGCGACCAUCGCGAGAGGAUGAUGAGGAGGAAGGUGCGGGGCGCGGGGUGCUCGUGACCGGGUGUGACAGCGGCUUCGGGCACCACCUCGCGCUGCAGCUGGACGCCCGCGGCUUCGCGGUGUUCGCGGGGUGCCUGUUCCCAGAGGGGCGCGGGGCGCUCACGCUGGCGCAGGAGGGCUCGUGCCGGCUGAGGGUGCUGAAGCUGGACGUCACGAGCGAUAAGGACGUGGAGGAGGCCAAGAGGGUCGUCCAGAUAAACCUCCCCGAGAACGGCCUGUGGGCGGUCGUAAACAACGCCGGGAUCUCAGACUGGGCGGAAACGGAGUGGAGCAACAUCAACCACUACACCAAGAUGGUGGAAGUCAACUUGUUCGGAGCCAUCCGGACCACCAUCGCCUUCCUGCCGCUGGUCCGCGUGGCCAAGGGUCGGAUGGUCUUCAUGUCCAGCAUCUUCGCCUUCUUUCACUGCCUGAACAUGGGGGCGUAUAGCGUCUCCAAAAGGGGGCUGGAGGCCUUCGCUGACUGUCUGAGGGUGGAGAUGGCCAGCUUUGGCGUCAAGGUCAGCAUCGUCCAGCCGGGCAACUUCGGCCGUGCGACCAACAUUGUGAAAACCAAGAAGAGCUGGAAUACCUGGGAGAACCUCAACCCAGAACAGAAGCUUGUCUUCAGCCGCGAGUACAUGGAACUCGCUAAUGCCUACUUCAACACCGUGACGGGGGCAGGGUUUACAGAGGUCAGCAUGGUGGUCGACGCCCUACUCCACGCGGUGUCCUCCCCACGGCCACAGUACCGUUAUCUCCUGGCGUCCCGGCUGGACUCGCUGUUCUUCAGCUGGUAUCCCCUGCUUCCCACCGCCGUGUCGGACGGCAUCUUUGCGUUGAGUCCGAUGUACGCACGCAGGAGGAAGAUGCUGUACUCGAAGCAGUGAGGGUGGAGGGAGAGAGGGAGGGAGAGAGAGAGAGGGGGAGGGGGAGAGGGAGAAUGUAUGGAUGGGCUUUGUUGUCGUUGGACGCAUACUGUGGUUUUGUGCGUUGUUUGGGGCGACAGUCGCUCAGGAGGUCGAGCGGGUUAGCUGGUAACCGGAAGGUUGCUAGUUCGAUCCCUGGCUGCUCAUAAGCUGUGAGUGUCGAGGUGUCCCUGAGCAAGGCACCUCACCCUGAGUGCUCUGGGCAGAGAGGUGUGGAGUCCUCUGUCUGGAUAAGCUAUAGAAAGGAAUCAUGACGGCAACACACCAUGACUCCCGAGAAGCCUCGACUUUCUAUUCUUUCUAUUCUAUAUUUUCAAAUUAUUUUUUUAUGAGCCUUGAUCACAGGUACUGUCCCUUACUUAAAUAUUACUCUAAGAAUCUUUUUUUUUCUUAAUUGUAUUGCAGUAUUUUAAAAGUUUUUGUCAAUGAAAGUUAACGGUUAGGUACCUGGGUGGGGUUUGUCUGAAUCGAGUCAUUCGUUUUAUGGACUUAAAGUCAAAGAUUUGACGACAAUAAGGACUGUUGAGGGCGAUAUGAAUGUGGUAAGUUAAGUAGUUGAGUCAAGAUGCCUCAGAUCUAAAGAAUGUUUUACAGGUUGUUUUUAAUUGAUUGAACACAGACUUUCUGGGACUUUUGAAAUGUGAUUUCAAUUAUGUAUUUAAAAAACACUACACAACGGACACAUUAACACAUAAAACACACAAAAACAGUGCAAUAUGUAGCACUCUUACACUUGCGAAGCAAAUAAUACAAAAUCAUUGAUUUAAAGCUAGCUUAUAAAGAAUAAACCAUAAACAGUUGCAUUAAUAUCUUUAAAAAUACACAAAGAUAAUUAUAGUGUUUGCAAAAUAUGUUUAAAAUGUGAAGAAGAACAAAAAGGUCUUUCAAAACACAAAGAUUUUAAAAAUGUUUUAGGGGGGUAGCUUAGAAAGAGUCCAAUGGAUAAAAUCCUAGCUUUAGCAACAGGUCUGCUAGCCCAAUGAAAGAUUCUGCUCAUAUGCAACGAGUGCAUGUAGCAAGGCCAGUCGGAUGGAUUUGGCCUCAUAUUUGUAGUGCAACCCAGAAAAAUAGUGGAAUGAUAUUGUUCAGCACGGAACUGUUUUCAACCUGAACAUCAGAAUGGAUCAAUUUGUCAACAAAACCCCACUAACGACCAAUUUUCCUCAUGACAUUUUGACCAAUUUUAAGAGUGAACUGUGACAACCCCCCCUGCAUCCCCUGUUGGUCCUAGCUGCCACUACAAGGGCGGGGCUAGGCCUCAGUAUCCUAAAGACCUAAUUAACCACACCUGAGUACUGGGGGAGGGGUUAUAUAAGCAGGUUUUCAUCCUCCUUCAUUGGGCAGUCUUUCGUUUGAUGCAGGCACUUUAUUGCUUCACUCAUUCACAUGGGCACUUUGCUCUACCUAAUUCUUUCCCCCACAUAUCAUAUCCUAGUAUUUAAACAAAUUAUCCCUAGACAUUUGUUUUGCUUUGUUUUGUACCAUUUCAAAUAAAUGACCUUUUGGAUUUAAAAUUUAA